CAGGUUCCAGCUGAAAAACAACGCGUUAAUUUAUAAAUUAACGACUAAAAAUCGUAGCUCAAUACAGUGUGUUAAUGCUAACGUAGCCAAAGAUAUAAUUGUCAUAUGUUUACAAAUAGCCACCCGGACAAUAAAUCAUCGUUUAUAUUAGAUAUUCUAGUUAAAAAUCAAAAUCACAUACGCGCAAUCGGUUUGAACGCAGUGAGCAGAACAAAGCAGAAAGCAAGAGCAAGAGCAAGCAAUCAGCAGUCGCCAGAGCAGUGUAGAGUUGUGUAACACGGCAGCGUGAACGUGUAAUAUAAUUUGGAUUUGGGUUUUUGUGCGCUAAAACAGAAACAUACGCAGCAUGGCGCUCGAGAUUGAUGCAAAAAAUGCGGCGGCGGCUACGACUGGUGACGCUGGUGCCCCUGGCAAGGCCAAAGCCAAGGAGAAUAAGAGCAACAGCAACAACAAUAAUGCACUCGCUGCCGGCGAAAAGAACUUGGUCAAUGGCAACAGCGCCGCUACGAAGAAGAAAGGCAAGAAAAAUCGUAACAAAACCCCGCCUCAACAAGAUGCAAUUGAUGCAUCUGAAGCUCUCAGCAAUGGGCAUGCCGAGAAGGCGUCAGUUAACGGAGAUACCGCCGAUGCCAAUGCAAAUAUGCUGGAAAAGAAAGUUGACGAAGAGGGAGCAACAGCCACAGAAGCAGCUGAGGUUGGAUCAUCAGGUGACGGUGGAGCUACUGGCGAGGGCGAAGCGGCUGCAUCUGGCGAAGAUGUUGAUCUCGAUGCUUUGCAUGACAUUGGCAUAACAGUGAACAUCAGCAGCCCCGGCACGGAUGUGCUGUCCGUGCAGCUGUCGAGCAUGGAGCUGGUGCAGGAAAUCCACCAGCUGUUAAUGGAUCGUGAAGAGACAUGCCACAGAACAUGCUUCUCGCUUCAGUUGGACAACGUAACUUUGGAUAAUUUUGCUGAACUAAAAACUAUCGAACCUCUGGAGCAGGGAUCCACCAUUCGUGUCGUCGAAGAGCCGUACACAAUGCGCGAAGCACGCAUUCAUGUGCGCCAUGUACGAGACCUCCUCAAAAAUCUUGAUCCGGCCGAUGCAUACAAUGGCAUCGACUGCACCUCCUUAACAUAUUUAAAUACCAUCACACAAGGCGAUCUGUUGGACAAAAAGCGAACACGUCCCGACUCCGUCGACUGCACGCCGCCCGAUUAUGUGACGCCCGGCGUUCGUGAACCGCCGCUAUUGCCAUUGCAUCCAAAUAUUAAGAAUGCAAAGGGACCACAGGCACUGAAAGUGUUGACCACAUCGGCAUGGAAUCCACCACCUGGGCCCCGUAAACUACAUGGUGAUCUGAUGUAUUUAUAUGUGGUUACCAUGGAAGAUAAGCGCUUUCACAUCUCAGCCUGCUCCAAGGGCUUUUAUAUUAAUCAGUCCACAGACGAAUGCUUCAAUCCUAAACCGGAUAAUCCUAGCCAUUUGAGUCAUUCGCUCAUAGAUCUAUUAUCGCACAUUUCGCCGUCGUUCCGCCGCGCUUUUCAAACCAUACAAAAGCGACGCACGAUGCGACAUGCCUUUGAACGUGUGGCGACGCCCUAUCAAGUGUAUCAAUGGGCAGCGCCACAAUUGGAGCACACCGUUGAUGCCAUACGUGCCGAAGAUGCCUUUAGCUCUAAACUGGGGUACGAGGAGCAUAUACCCGGUCAGACGCGCGACUGGAACGAGGAGCUGCAGACAACCCGGGAACUGCCACGCAAGACACUGCCAGAGCGCUUGCUGCGCGAGCGUGCAAUCUUUAAGGUGCACGGAGAUUUUGUUACGGCUGCGACUCGUGGAGCCAUGGCUGUAAUUGAUGGCAAUGUGUUGGCCAUUAAUCCCGGAGAAGAUGCCAAAAUGCAAAUGUUCAUUUGGAAUAAUAUAUUCUUUUCGCUGGGAUUCGAUGUGCGCGACCAUUACAAGGAGCUGGGUGGUGAUCAUGCUGCAUUUGUGGCGCCCCGCUAUGAUCUGCAUGGCGUACGUGUCUAUAAUGCUGUGGAUAUCGAGGGUCUAUAUACCCUGGGUACAGUUGUCAUUGACUAUCGUGGUUAUCGUGUGACCGCCCAAUCCAUUAUACCUGGUAUAUUGGAGCGUGAGCAGGAGCAAUCAGUUGUCUAUGGAUCCAUUGACUUUGGAAAAACGGUGCUCAGUCAUCCUAAGUAUUUGGAGUUGCUCCGUCUCGCGGGCAAGCGUUUGAAGAUCUUGCCUCAUUCGGUUCUGAAUGAACGCGAUGAGCCAGUGGAGCUGUGCUCCUCUGUUGAGUGCAAGGGCAUCAUUGGCAACGAUGGUCGACACUAUAUACUCGAUCUGUUGCGCACGUUCCCGCCAGAUGUAAACUUCCUUAAGCUUGAAGAUGUACAGCUGGGAAAGGAACUCAUCGAUAUGGGCUUUCCCAUUGAGCACCGCCAUAAACUGUGCUGUUUACGACAGGAGCUGCUUGAGGCGUUCAUUGAGGAUCGUUAUGUGACCUUUAUACGCAUUGCUGCAGUGCAUCUGCAACAGUUGAAUGCCAAAAAGCAGGCUGAGAAAGAACUGCCCUCCAUAGUUGAAAAACAAGAGGAGCCAGAGAAAGAGCAAACAGAAAAGGAAAAGCAGACAGAAAAGGAGAAGGAAGAGGAGAAGGAAAAUGAUAAGGAAGACGAGCAGAAAGAAUCCAAGCCCAGUCCCAGUGAGACGAAGAGCGCUGAGGCCAUGGUCAAUGCCAUACGUGAAGCGCAAUCAAAUGUGGCUGUCUCAAAUGAGGUGCAAGCUGCGGAGGUCGUAAAACGGGCAUGCGCCGCUGUGGGUUCGCUCAAGGAGAAAGAGUUUGAUUUCCGCUUCAAUCCGGAUGUUUUCUCGCCAGGCAUACGCCACGUCGAUGGCCCCGAAGGUGGCAUUCAAUCGCUGGCUAAGCAAAAACGUCUCGUUCAGGAUGCAGCCGAAUUUUUGGUACUCAAGCAAAUACCCGCCUUUAUCAAGGAGCAUAUGGCACACUCCUCGCCGCCUAUCGAUGGCCAGAGUCUCACUGAAUCUCUGCACAGCCAUGGGAUCAACGUCCGCUAUCUGGGCAAGGUGGUCAAAAUGCUCGGCCAAAUGCCGCGCAUGGACUAUUUGCAUCGUAUUGCCAUACUCGAGCUGAUUGUGCGUGCCACCAAGCACAUCUACUACACCUAUAUGCAAAGCACCGAGCCCCUGCAUCUCUCGGCGGCAAUUAGCCAUUUUCUUAAUUGCCUGUUGACCACUGGACCUGUGAAUCCCGCCGUCAGCAGCGAAGACGUGCACAAGAAGCAGUCGCGCAACAACGGUGGCAAGCACAAUAAACACAACAAAACAAACAAGACAACUAAGCCCCAAUCAGCUUCGGCGGCGGCCGCCACACAGAAUGGCCAUAGCUCCUCAACUGCCAAUGUUUCGACCAAUGCAGCAUCCAACAAUGCAUCCAGCAACAGCAGCUACGACUGGACGUUGGUCACACCACGUUCCCUAUGGCAGCAAAUACGAAAGGAGGUGAAAGCAUAUUGGAACUGGGAGCUGGACUGCGAUUCUAUUGAGAGUGCUAGCGCAAAGUAUGGACUGUUGCGCAUCAGUCUGUUACGUGCCUUCUGCUUGAAGGUGGGCAUCCAGGUGCUAUUGCGUGAAUACAACUUCGAGUCGAAGCACAAGCCCACCUUUGGCGAUGACGAUAUUGUCAAUGUGUUCCCGGUGGUCAAGCACAUCAGUCCUAGGGCCUCAGAUGCCUACAAUUUCUAUACGACGGGACAAGCAAAGAGCCAACAGGGUAUGCUUAAGGAGGGAUACGAAUUGAUUAGCGAGGCUCUCAAUUUGCUGAACAAUGUUUUCGGAGCUAUGCAUGUAGAGAAUGGCUCCUGUCUCCGCAUGCUGGCACGGCUUAGUUAUCUGCUAGGCGAUGCCCAGGACGCUCUGGCCAUACAGCAACGUGCUGUUAUCAUGAGCGAGCGCGUCAAUGGCAUUGAUCACCCAUCAACCAUACUGGAAUACACACAUUUGUCGCUGUACUCGUUUGCCAAUGGUCAUGUGGGUAUGUCGUUGAAGCUGCUUUAUCGCGCUCGCUAUCUGCUGGUUCUUAUCUGCGGCGAGGAUCAUCCCGAGGUGGCGCUGAUCGAUAGCAACAUAAGUUUGAUCCUGCACGCUCUGGGUGAAUAUGAGCUCUCUUUGCGUUUCAUUGAGCAUGCUCUCAAGCUGAAUCUGAAGUACUUUGGCAAUAAAGCAAUGCACGUGGCCGUCAGCUAUCACCUAAUGGCCCGUAUUCAAUCCUGCAUGGGCGAUUUUCGCUCAGCGUUGAACAACGAAAAGGAAACCUACUCCAUUUACAAAUCACAGCUUGGUGAGAAGCAUGACAAAACGCGCGAAUCGGCUGAGUGCUUGCGUCUAUUGACACACGAGGCUGUUGCGCUGCAGCGGAAGAUGAACGACAUCUACUCCAAUGGCAAGUUGACCAGCGAUUUGCCACCCAUACACAUAACGCCGCCGUCAAUGGGCUCUGUACUGGAAAUGCUUAACACUAUCAAUGGUAUACUCUUUGUGCAUAUCAGCCAAAAGGAUAUUGUGAAGGUGCGUAGCCAGAUUGAAAAGCAUUUGAAGACGAACAGCGACGAGAGUGACGCAACCGAUGACAAUGAGGUAACAGCGGCACUCAAAACGUUUGUGGCUGCUAUCAACUACAAUGAGACUGAACAGCCGAAAGAUGUUUCAGAAGCAGGUGCACCCACAGCCGCGCAGCUAACAAAUGGAAGCGAAGAGUUAACUACGACGGUUUCAAGUUGAAUGCAGGCAGAUCAAACGCGGCAGCUAUGAAUGCAAACAACGAGCCUUCACAAUUCACAUAAAUAAAAACAACACACACCAAAAA